AUGACUCACCGGACACUGCUCGUCCUUGGACUGCUGGCGAGGUGGGCAGAGGCAACUCACCUCCGGCCGAGUAGAAUUCAACAAGUGUGGGAUGUGAUGAAUCAAAUUUCAGUCUACUCCUGGGAGAACGGCACUCGAGCCGAGGCACUGCUAGAGUACAACUAUCCAUCCCUGUCGCCCAUCUCAUCCAGUUCCCCUUUCCCAUUACCUCAAAACCUCAACACCGACCAAUUCAGCCAAGUCUACGACCUCGCCCACAUGACGAUGCAGAAUCGUAAUUCGUCCACAUCGACAGACUCGCCGUUUCAAGGAGCGACUCUUUUGCCAGAUGGUGCAGCUGGAGAUCCAGCAAGUCUUGGCAUUUCCGUGUUGCUGGCCAAUGUUAGCACGCACAAUGAGCAAGUCAAUGGGAUAGGGUACGGGGACGCGGCACGGGAAGAGCUCGACUACUUGUUGUACGAUGUUCCAAGGACCAGUAGCGGAGCCAUCUCUCAUCGUGCUGACCAAGCUCAACUCUGGUCCGAUAGCGUCUAUAUGGUCCCUCCUUUCUUGGCGUAUUAUGGAGUCUUGCAUAACAACCAAUCCCUCAUCCAAGAAGCCUAUACCCAAUGCUCACUCUACCGUCAAGCCUUGAAGACCGACAAUAACCUCUGGAUGCACAUUGUCGACGGGAGUGGAUUUCUCGAUUAUGGCUGUUGGGCGACGGGCAAUGGUUGGGCAGCCGCUGGAAUGCUGAGAGUCUUGGCGACCAUCAAAUACAGUCAAUUCUCCAGUGCUAUGCAGCAACAGCAGUCAGACUUGCAAUCCUGGAUCGAAGAGAUCCUCACAGCUGCCAGUGGCUACAUCAGCAAGAACGGUCUGCUGCACAACUAUAUCAAUGAUACUGGCACAUUUGAGGACGCGGCGUCUUCGGCUUUGUUCGCAGCCACUGGAUAUCGACUCUCAACCAUUGGGCUGACCAACGCACACGUCAACAUGUCCUCUCAAUUGUUGUCAGCCGUAUCAUCCAAAGUCAACUCCACAGGAUUCGUCACACAGGUAGUCGAUCCACUCAGUUUUGGCGAACAGGGCAAAGCAUCGCCCGAAGCCCAGAGCUUUCUCAUCAUGGCUUAUGCAGCAUUCAACGAUUGGAAUUCGACAGGCAGAGCAGGCAGUGGCGAUAGCGAUGACGACCCGUUAGGCAAUUACGGUGGCGCGACUACAAUAGACAGGCCAGUCGAGUUGAUCAUUGCUCUCGCCGCCUUGUUGUGGGCAGUGUUGUAG